AAAACCCAAAAAAGCUUAAAUUAAAUGGCAGCUACAAAAUUGAUAACAUUGAUGAAAAAAUGUUCAACAGUGAAGCAGGCAAAGCAAAUCCAUUCCCACAUAUUGAUAAAUGGUUUUACCUUUCUUCAACCCCUUUUAAUGCAUCACAUUCUUCUUUGGGAUGUCACUAACCACAGAACUAUGGCAAACUAUGCCUUCUUAAUGCUUCACCAUUUGCACAUUCCAGAUUCCUUCUCGUGGGGUUGUGUGAUUCGAUUCUUCUCUCAAAAGGGUCUAUUCACUGAAGCUGUUUUUCUCUAUGUUCAAAUGCACAGGAUGAGCUUGUGUCCUAGUUCACCUGCUGUAUCCUCUGCACUCAAGUCACGUGCUAGGAUUCAGGACAUGUUGGUUGGCGUAUCAAUUCAUGGGCAAGUCCGUGUGUUUGGAUUUAACACUUGUGUGUAUGUACAAACUGCCCUUCUUGAUUUGUACUCGAAAAUCGGUGACAUGGGGACUGCUCGAAAGCUGUUCAAUGAAAUGGCUAAGAAAAGUGUGGUUUCAUGGAAUUCUUUAUUGUCUGGAUAUGUAAAAGCCGGUAACUUGGAUAAGGCUCAAGAUUUGUUCGAUGAGAUUCCCAGGAAGGAUGUCAUAUCUUGGAACUCUACGAUAUCUGGAUAAGCCAAAGCAGGAAACAUGGAUCA